UUAUUGCCUCAGAUCUCCAAGAGCGAAAAAUCAUGACGAUGCAUCGACUUUUUCAUUUUUCUACAUAACAUACCUAUACCCUAAGCACAAGGCAACAAUCCAGGUAAUUGAAAGGCAUCAAUCCAGAUAAUUCAAAGGCAUUGAUUCGAGUGUUGGCAACACGGAAAUAAAGAAGCAGGAUCCGACUGUUGUUUCUCCUGAAGAUCCAGUCAAAUAGAACUCCUACAAUAAAAUUUCUAAACGGAAAGGCCAGUCGUCGAAAGCCCGCAGUUGUGCUCACAACUUUUUUACGUCUGUGGUGACCGUUGUUUAUUGUAACGAUCCUUAUCAUUUUGAACAUCACUUAAGUAUAAUUGGGAAUUUACCGAUAUUUGCAUUCAGAAUGCAAUACUAGACGACUUUGAAUGGUUCAUGUGGACGAUCAUCAAUCGCACUAGAGGCACUGCGUGUGGAUCCCUAUCACGUUGCUUUGGUAUUAUAGUUGAAAGAACUUCUCUGCCAAGGUCGCCCUAGUUUUACCAUUUGAAAUAAGAACUGGUUGUCAGAAUAGUGCCAAGUGGGAUAUCAAGUCUACCGUAUAAACGUUGACAAAAUGGAAGAAUCCGAUGAGGUCGGUACUAUAGUGGAACUGUACAUCUACGAUCUGACAAAUGGCAUGGCUUCGAUGAUGGCACCGAUGAUGAUCGGAAGGAAUCUCGACGGGAUCUGGCAUACUUCAAUAGUCGCAUAUGGACGAGAGUACUUCUACGGUCCCGAGGGUAUCCAGAGUGUGCGUCCGGGUGGAACUCAGCUUCAUGAACCUUUGAAGAUAGAAAAAGUCGGCGAUACGUAUCUGCCGUAUUCUGUUUUUCUCGAGUACAUCAACGGACUUGGAACUUCCAAAUUUGCGCCUGGAACGUAUGACCUACUCAAACACAACUGCAACAGUUUCUCGGACGAGGUGAGCAACUUCUUGGUCGGAAAAGGCAUCCCCAAACAUAUUCUUGAUCUACCAGAAGAAAUACUCAGCACACGUAUAGGACAAGCUUUAAGACCCUUGAUAGAUACAUUGAGCAACGGUGCCAGCUCUGGAUUUUCGAGUGGACAAAGAUUCGUAGAACCCAGGAUCCAUCGUGAAGAAUCACCAGAGUUUGAACGUUUAAACUCAGCCAUCGAGGAAGCAAGAUUAAACUCAAUAGCAUUGGAAGAAAGGCGAAACGUAAUCAACGAGAAAUUAGCAAAAAAAGAGCGUAAGAAAAAGAAGAAGAAGAAGGAAAAGAAAGAUAAAAGCAGCAGUGGUAGUGGAAGCAACAGUACCGAACCAAGCAGCUAUACAGCCAUGGCUGAAAGUGAGAGUAUAAUAAGUGAAAUUCAAUCUGCAAAUGGGGAUACAGGCGCAGAGAUGUCGCCAUCAGACAGAGUUCUACAGAUGGAAGCAGAGGAGAGACGUGAUCUUGAAGAGAAAAAACGCCAACGUGAUCCUCCGGUAGUGUUCAAAGACAUCGUUGAUGCAAGGGUUGACUUUGACGCCCUGGUGGGUCUGGCGGAGGGUAAAUUGAAUGCAGAUGAACAAAAAAGUCUGGAGGAACUUCAUCAGUAUGUUUUAGAAGAUGAAGGAUCCUGGGCCUUGGGAGAUAAUUUCCUUAAUUUUAUAGGACGUAUACUGUAUGAUAAAUCUCUGGAUGCCUCGGUAAGAGUUAGACUUCUCAACAUACUGUCAGUCGCAGCUUUGAAAGAUGAUGUAAUUCUACUUUUACAUCAAGAUCGCAGAGAACAUAUCCUCAUGAAUUACGCAUAUGAUAUCGACCGUCACCCACACGAAGAACAACUUUCCUUAGCGCUAUUCAUGGCUAAUAUGUUCGAAAACCUAAGUAGUUCGGAGUGGCUUUUGUACAUUUCUGAAUGGCCGUACCAAAAUCAAAAUAUCAGCAAUAUCAGGGUAACGACAAAAGUCGCUGUACACUCACUCCUCUCAGAUACGCCGGAGUUGCAAGAGCGCGGAGCUGCAGUUAUUCACAAUCUCGCCUGCAAGGAGAAAAUGAGCAAAAGCAAAAAUCUUCGGCAACUAUUACCAAAAGGCAGCAUUUCUAAGGUUUUCGAUGACGUAGCCGUAGAACUGACGAUGGCACUUCUACAGUAUUUCAACAGUAAUCCAGCUGAGGAGCAGCUUUACCGUUGCAUGAAAGCACUAGCUCGUUUUACGCAAAUCAGCGGACAAGAAGUUCCACAGCUGAUCCAAAUGAUCGGGCCAGAACCGAACAAGUUCCGUGGAGUUUCCCAGAGGGUAGAUGAACUUGUCGAUCAGAUCAACAAAAAAUUGCGUUAGACUUUUAUGAAAUGACAUAUGUAUAAUAUAUUGGAACUAUAAUUUGGAUAUAUUGAUCAAUAUUUCUUGGAUUAAUAAUGUACUUUAUAAUAGGAUAGUCGAUUUACCUACGCAUCACUCUUUGAGAUGAACUAUAAGAACAUCCAAUUUGUUAAAGAUGAUAAAAAGGUUGUAUAUUAGUUAGAGAAGUUUCAUCAGAAGGAAACACAAAAAAGUUAAAUAUUAAUAGAUCAAUAUCCGCAACAUGCAUAGCAAUGCGAUAUGUUAUAUUCACAUGUUAGUGGAUUUUUAUAGCACGGUAACAGAUUAAUUUAUACUAUAAUUUUGAAACGAGUGUGUUUUUUUACUUGCAACUUGAUCAUGGAACAUAGAUGAGUUGCAGUUCAUAACUGACAAGUUCAGGUAGCAAACGUAUUUAUACAUAAGUUAGGAUUUUUCGUUAAUGCUCGCGAUAAAACGUUCAAAUGCAAUUUUCAUAGCCCAAUUCAUAACGAUUAUUAACCAGAAUCUAUCGAAGGUCUUCACUCUGAUGCAUUUUAUUUACAAUUCUAAUUUAAUUUCCAUCCCGAGGUGUGGCUAGUCAAAAUUAAAUCCCAUACUCCAUGUACCAUUGUAGAAAGUCUAAGUAGCAAAAGUGGAGCUAUGUACUCACUGCCACUUGCUCUUGAUCAAUAAUAAUUGUCCUCCAAUCCCCUUAUUCAAUAGGGUACUCAGGAGCAAGAACGAAAAAAUUUGAAUCAAACGUGACUCCGAAUAGCCUCACCUUGCAGUGGAUAAUAUUGGUUGAACGAUUCCGACACUAUCUUCCUAUCGAGUAUUUACUAUUGAGUAUAAGAUGAAUUUUAGGAAACGACAUUCAUAGAUAAAAGCCCCGAUCAAGUUGUCAAUUACUGUACGAAGUGAAAAGUGCAAUAAAUCAUUUAAAUUGC